ACAUUCAGGUGCAGCAGGUGGAUGUCAGUGAGUUAGAGAUCAGCCUGAUCCAGCUAGUGCAACAUAAAGUCAGGAGGCAAAUCCACUAGGGUCCAAACUAAGGCACAGCGACCUUCUUUUGCUUUCUUGAGCAUACCACAAAUUCAAGUGACUCGGCAGAGGGCCCACUGAUUUCGCGUUGGUGAAGGGGAACGGAGCACAAGCUCUUGGUCCUCAUCGCAGCAGUUUCCCAAUUUUCGAUCAGAAAGGUCGCCCAGCCGCGUACACGCCCCUUCCUUGCUUCCCAAGCUGCAUCCGGCCUUGGUGUCUCACUUCCGGCCAGUAGCUCUUUUUCUUCCGCUUCUCUAUGGUCGCGAGCCGGAAGUGGCUGCCGGGCUGGAAGGCGUGAGAUCCAUUGUGCUCUCUGACCUGGAAGAACAGCAAUGUCAUCAUCAGAAUCCAGCAAAAAAAGGAAACCCAAGGUGAUCCGAAGCGACGGAACCCCAACUGAGGGGAAACGGAACCGAACUGAUACUGAGCAGGAAGGCAAAUACUACAGUGAGGAGGCUGAGGUUGACCUGCGGGACCCUGGCAGAGACUAUGAGCUGUACAAGUACACUUGCCAGGAGCUGCAAAGGUUGAUGGCCGAGAUCCAGGACCUGAAGAGCAAGGGCAGCAAGGAUGUGGCCAUGGAAAUUGAAGAGCGAAGGAUCCAGAGCUGUGUGCAUUUCAUGACUCUAAAGAAGCUAAACCGCUUAGCCCAUAUCCGGCUAAAGAAAGGAAGAGAUCAGACCCAUGAGGCCAAGCAGAAAGUUGAUGCCUACCACCUGCAGCUUCAGAACCUGCUCUACGAAGUGAUGCACCUGCAGAAGGAGAUCACCAAAUGUCUGGAGUUCAAGUCAAAGCAUGAAGAAAUCGAUCUGGUCAGUUUAGAGGAAUUUUAUACAGAGGCUCCACCCAACAUCAGCAAGGCCGAAAUCACCAUGGGAGACCCUCACCAACAGACCUUGGCCCGUCUGGACUGGGAGCUGGAGCAGAGGAAGAGGCUGGCAGAGAAGUACCGAGAAUGUCUCUCCAACAAGGAGAAGAUCCUGAAGGAGAUUGAGGUGAAGAAGGAGUAUCUGAGCAGCCUGCAGCCUCGUCUCAACAGCAUCAUGCAGGCUUCCCUCCCGGUGCAGGAAUACCUGUUCAUGCCCUUUGACCAGGCUCACAAGCAAUAUGAGACAGCCAGGCACCUGCCGCCUCCCCUCUACGUGCUCUUCGUGCAGGCCACUGCGUACGGGCAGGCCUGCGAUAAGACGCUGUCGGUGGCCAUUGAAGGCAGUGUGGACGAGGCCAAAGCUCUCUUCAAGCCCCCUGAGGACUCUCAAGGUAACAUGGUGAUUGGGAUACUUCACCCGAGGAUACUGAGUCACUCCCGAAGGACCAAGAGUCCUUGGAGAAACAGCUGGACUGAUGCAGCAUACAGCCCUCUAUCCAGUUACACAGUGGCCACUGUUACUUAUGCUGCUCUUACAGCCAGCCUCAUAAAUGAUCUCUUGUCUCCCUGCUCCCCAGACAACAGUGUGCUUCAUCUGACUUUCUACUAUCUCAUGAACCUCAACAUCAUGACCGUGAAGGCCAAAGUGACGACCACCGUGGAGCUCAUCACCCCCAUCAGUGCAGGAGACUUGCUGUCUCCCGACUCGGUCCUGAGCUGUUUGUAUCCUGGAGAUCAUGGAAAGAAAACUCCAAACCCAGCCAAUCAGUAUCAGUUUGAUAAAGUUGGCAUCCUGACUUUGAGAGACUAUGUACUUGAGUUAGGUCACCCCUACUUGUGGGUACAGAAGCUGGGUGGCCUCCACUUCCCCAAAGAGCAGCCCCAGCACACAGUAGUGGCUGACCACUCCCAGAGCGCCAGCCACAUGGAGACCACCAUGAAGCUGCUGAAAACCAGGGUCCAGUCCCGCCUGGCUCUCCACAAACAGUUCGCAUCUUUGGAACAUGGCAUCGUGCCGGUUACCAGUGAUUGCCAGUCCCUCUUCCCUGCCAAGGUGGUUUCUCGCCUGGUGAAGUGGGUGAUAAUUGCACACGAAGAUUACAUGGAGCUGCAUUUCACUAAGGACAUAGUAGAGGCAGGACUGGCCGGGGACACCAAUCUCUACUACCUGGCGCUUAUUGAAAGGGGAACAGCGAAACUCCAGGCUGCUGUCGUAUUGAACCCUGGCUACUCCUCCAUCCCACCCAUUUUCCGACUCUGUCUAAACUGGAAAGGGGAGAAAACCAACAGCAAUGAUGACAAUAUCCGGGCGAUGGAGAGUGAGGUCAACGUGUGCUAUAAGGAGCUGUGUGGUCCUCGGCCCAGCCACCAGCUCUUGACCAACCAGCUGCAGAGGCUGUGUGUGCUGCUGGAUGUCUACCUGGAGACCGAGAGCCAUGACGACAGUGUGGAGGGCCCCAAGGAGUUUCCCCAGGAGAAGAUGUGCCUGCGGCUUUUUAGGGGUCCAAGCAGGAUGAAGCCAUUUAAAUAUAAUCACCCACAAGGAUUCUUUAGCCACCGGUGAUUCCCUCUACCUGUCACCCCCCAAGCCCAGCCCUGGGUCCUGUGUCUCUGCUUCUGCUCUGGCCACAUGUAGUUCUUGAUAUUUUCCAAAGACACGAGCUGAUUAAAUGUCCCCUGACCAAA